UGGAAGCUGGCUUGUGAGCAGCAGAAUUAGUCAUGGGCUGCACACCAUCCAAAUCCAACAUCACCUACUCGCAUGUGCGUGUGAGUCAGGAUCUGGACACCUGUUCCACAUUUGUGCCCAGUAUAAAGAGCUCCGUUUCCACGCCAGAGAGGCCUUCACCUCAGCUCUGCAUUGAGACGGCCAGCGGGAAGCAAACGUUUCUCAGUGUUCCUAGUCAUGACUGUUACGGUCACUCGGUGAGUCAGCCCAGCAGCCCAGGCAUAUGGAGCACAGUCAGCACCGGCAGCCCGUUCGGACCGGAGCCACCGUGCGUCCAGGCGAGCUGCACCGACAGCGACUACAUGGACGACACCGCGGCUCCCGGCACUACACGAUGACAUUAUUAUCCCCCUCCACCUCGCUCAAACGAAGAUAUUUGUUUUACUUCAGUAAUAUAUUUGUGUAUCUCUCUAGUAUCUAAAUCGAAAGAUGAACCAAACAACCAUAUUCUGUUUAGUUUCACAGUUUAAAAUAACGUAGCUCUGCUUCAUAAUUCUGUUUUUGUUGCAUAAACAAAAUGCAACGAGGCAUUACAUGACAAGAACAAACGCUAGUCUCGCGGUAUUUGGGUGAAUUCCGCGAGAGUUUGCGGAUUUCGGACAGCGAAGAGGGCGAAAUGGAGAUAUGAGGUCUGAAAAGGAGCAGAGGGCUGGAAGCAGGGAGAGAGGCAGCGUGGAUAUCCAGUUCAGGGAGUGUCAGAGGGAGCAGGACAACCUCGCGGUGAACCCGAAGCACAAGGAGGAGAAAAAGGAGAUCUUCACCAAGGUUGUCAUACGCCGACUGCCACCCAGUCUAUCAAAAGACCAGCUCGAGGAGCAUCUGAGUCCUCUUCCAUCUUUUGACUAUUUCGAGUUCUUUCCCGCUGAUCAGAGCUUGUACCCACAUCUCUUCUCAAGAGCAUACAUCAACUUCAAAAACCCAGAGGAUAUCAUUAUUUUCAGAGAUCGCUUUGAUGGCUAUGUAUUCAUUGACAAUAAAGGCCAAGAGUUUCCAGCUGUUGUAGAAUUUGCUCCAUUUCAGAAGGUUUCCAAGAAAAAGUUAAAGAAGAAAGAUGCUAAAGCAGGAACUAUUGAAGAAGACCCAGAAUACAGGAGAUUUCUGGAAAAUUACUCUUGUGAUGAGGAGAAAUCAGUGGCAAAUCCAGAAACACUGCUGGGGGAGAUUGAAGCUAAAACCAGAGAACUCAUAGCCAAAAGGACAACACCUUUGCUGGAAUACAUCAAAAACAAAAAAUUAGAGAAACAGAGAAUAAGAGAGGAAAAAAGAGAGGAGAGGCGAAGAAGGGAACUGGAAAAGAAGCGACAGAGGGAGGAGGAGAAGCGAAAGCGCAGAGAAGAGGAGAGACGAAAGCGAAAGGAGGCUGAAAAGCAAAAGAAGCUCUCUGAAAAGGAGAUAAAGAUCAAGCUUUUGAAGAAAUGUGAUGGAGACGAUGACGUGGACUCAGAUAGACUGAAAGAUAAAGGAGACAGUGGAGAGAAGGAGAAGAACAGAUGGGAAAAGCCAGCAGGACACACUAAGUCAAAGGAUUCCAAGGAUAAGAGUCAAAUCGAGAGUGACAAGGAGCAGCGGGAAUGUCACAGCCGUCGCCAGAGGGACAAAGAACAUCGUGGUAGAGAUGAGGAGCGCAAACGACAGAGGCAUCACUACGAGUUUGACAAAUUCAUGCGGCGCAAGGAAGAGACCAAAUGGGGUAAAGGUUACUGCCAGGACAGAGCCAAGAAAGACCAACAUCAUGGCUAUUCUUACUGCCCAGAGACUGGAGACAAACUGGGAAAAGAGGAUCGAGAGGACAUGGGCAGCAGGAAAGAACGGAUUCGCAAUAGGUCUGUGUUAGUGCAUCAGGAGAAAAGGACUUCCCAGUCUGAGGGGCCAGACCAGAUAGGAGGGGCUCUGCCAGCAAAGGACCGACCGGCAAUGCAGCUGUACCAACCUGGUGCUAGAAACCACAAGCGAAUGGGCUCUGGGAACAAGACGUUUGACUUCCCACCAAUCUCUCCUGAACACAGAGGAGAGCACUGCUACAAGACGGUCAUUGGUACAGGCUCAGAGAAGAGUGCCGACGAGUGAAAAAAAGACCAAGACAGGAAGAAGUCUAUUUUCAUAAGCAAGGGUCAUGCCAGUAUAAAAAGAACAGUCAAGAUCAACCUUGUUUUCUGUCUGUGUGAGUAUAGUGCAUUGAAAUCCCCACUUAAUAUUUUAUACACAAAGUCAGCAGUGUCAUAAAUCUAAACUGAUCACUUCUGUAUGCUUAUCAAGGAUUCACACCACUUCAUUGACAGCAAUACCUCAGAUUAGAUGUGUAUGCCUUUUGUAGUGCAAGAAAUGGAUUCCGUUAAACAAAAGAAUAUAUAUAUAUAUUACUGUAAAGAAAGCAGUAUGUGUUGUGAAAUCUGUAUUUUAAAUAUAUGUAAUGUGGAAAGGGGGAACGGAGACAUAUUUUUACUUUAGGAAUAUAAAAAAGCUACAUUGUAUUAAUGAAACGUUUAAGCAUGCAACUUUUAAUUUUACACUUUCACACUGUAAUGCCUUUGAAUGAUGCCUCUGUUGUCCCUGAUGUAUAGACAUUGUGGUUUUUCUGUAUUAACAAAUACAUCUCACAACAGGAUAUAGCAAAUGUCAGAGCAUCGUUUUACCUGCGGGCCAAAAAGAACAAAAAAUUGUGUUAAAAUCGUCUUCUGUUAGGUCAAAUAACAUUGUGAUAUUUCUGAACAGUGUGCAUGCUUUUGAGCAAUUGCAGGCAUUCGGUGGUGGAAGCCAACAUGGGGUCACAGGCCUUACCUUUGAUUUGCACUUAAAGAUCCCGUCUGUUAUUAAAAUAGCCUACAGGUUUUUAGAAUUGUGAACUCUGUAGAAUACUUAAAAAUGUGAUACUGUAUUUGAUGGAUUGACCAUUUGUGUACAAUAAAGAUAUAUGAUUAUAUAAA